UUUUUCCUGAAAAAAAAAUUGUAAUGUCUUACUAUGGAACACCGAACAUCUAUAAUUCUACAUAAUAGAAGUACAAAAGCGUAAUGGGAUGCCAAAACAUUGACGUCUUCAAUUUCUUCAUGAUCUCAACCCAACCCAAUCAAACCCACUGAAGUGAGUAAGCGACUAAGCGCCACUGCUGAAACAACAAAGAAAGAAAUAAGAAUUGGUAAUGGCGACGAAGCUGAGGCUCCCUAUGGUAGACCUUUCCUCACCUGAUCGUGUCUCCACCGGCAACUCUAUUCGUCAGGCAUGCGUUGAUUAUGGAUUCUUUUACCUCGUGAACCACGGCGUAGACGACCAGCUUCUGAGUUCAGCGUUUCAACAAAGCGCCAAGUUCUUCACGCUUCCAUUGAACUACAAAUUGAGCUUGUCACGCAAGGAAUACAGGGGUUACACUCCUCUCUACUCUGAGAACCUUGAUCCCUCUUCACAGUCCAAAGGUGACGCAAAAGAGAGCUAUUACAUUGGUAAUUUGGAAGAUAGCAGUAGUGUUAACCUGAAUCAAUGGCCUUCUCAAGAACUGUUACCAGAUUGGAGACCUACAAUGGAAUCCUUAAUAUGGAAAUUGUUGGAAGCUGGGAAAAAGCUGAUGUCUCUAAUUGCUCUGUCCCUAAAUCUGGAUGAUGAUUUUUUUGAGAAGACAGCCUUAAACAAACCAGCAGCUUUUCUUCGCCUUUUGCAUUAUCCAGGUGAAUUGGGAUCAUAUGAAGAGUUAUGUGGUGCCUCUGCUCAUUCAGAUUAUGGCAUGAUCACUCUCUUGGUGACCGACGGUGUUCCGGGACUGCAGAUCUGUAAGGAGAAGUUCAAGCAACCUCGAGUCUGGGAGGAUGUGUCUCAUGUAGAAGGGGCCUUUAUUGUGAACAUUGGGGACUUGAUGGAGAGGUGGACAAAUUGUAUAUACCGGUCAACACUUCACAGAGUCAUUCCAACCGGAAAGGAGCGUUAUUCGAUGGCAUUCUUCUUGGACCCACCCUCAGAUUGUGUGGUUGAAUGCUUUGAAAGUUGCUGCAGUGAAUCAUCUCCCCCAAGAUUCCCUCCAAUUCGUAGUGGGGACUACCUUAAUGAGCGGUUCAGGCUCACAUAUGGCUCUGAAAAGGAGCUAAAAUGCUCAUCCAAUUGAAGAAACCAAAGGCUUUGUUAAAGGGCACGGGAUAAACCAGAAGACCCUGCUUCAGUUUAAAUUCAUAAUAAUGACUAGCUACUAGAAAAUGUAUUAUAGUUAUUAGCUUAUUGCACGGUACAGUGUCGUUCUUUAUGUUGUCAGCCUUCUAAAUAAAGUAGGAUUUGAUUAAUUUCUCUUCAAUUGUUUCAAUUCUGGAGGAAUUAAUAGUCUGGUUGAUUGUGCUCAUUAUAACGGUGAUGUCUUAAAUUAAAGUAUAAAUUAAUUUCUGUUUAA